AUGCCAGCUUUGCCGGUGCUGUGUCGAGAGGUUCUUGCUGAGACCCUUCGUGAUUCGGUAGUUCCACGAGAUGCCGUGCAGGCAGAUGUGUUGGAAUCAUUCCACUUUGACGGCUUCCUGACCUUGGCGGCGAUGCGCGCCUUGAUGAUGCUGUUCUUCCUCCUCGCAGUGAUCACGAUGGCGCUGUGGAGGAUUUUGGAAGUGGGAGAAACUGACCCGGAGCCCGAUGACACCUGCCAGAAGUCGGAGUUUCAACAGCAAGCGACGAUUGCGAUUGACAAGCUGCUCACAGAGGAAAGGGCUGCGGAAGACCUUCCCGAAAUCUCUCUUCAAGGUUUGCCGACGGACUUUCCGGGCAUCUGUCCGCCUUACAUGAAAGCGACGCAAGGAGCCCGCUUGUCUAUGGCGCUGCCCAUCACAGAGCGCGGUUGCGACAUCUUCGGACUGGGGGCCUCUCUUGCUCUGAGGGGUCCGCCAACUCGCCUGCUCUCAGCAAACCUGCGCCUCGAAGGACCGACUCGUGUGUUGGAACUGCGAGAGCAGGAGCCUGGAUGCUGCGAAGGAGCAGCUGAAGGCCGCGUUCUUCUGGCAAUCACGUCGGACAUGGUGCUCUGGAAGGGGCCAAGUCGAGAAGGAGAGUGCCUGGGAAUGUUGAAGAGCAGCCCGCUUGGAGGGGGCUUCCUGCUGCAGCGCAAGGGCUACCAGUCGGACCUGCUGGUGGCGACAUCUGGCUCGGGGCGCAUCGAGCUGGGCCUGCUGCCCUCUGGCCGUCUUGUGGCUUCUGCUGCUGUGGGACACGGCGAGACGUCCCUGCGCCCUCGACGCAUUGUACAGUUUGCGUCUGACGCGCACUUGGUUGCAUUGUGGAAACUAAGGUCGGUAACAGCCUCUCAGCUGCAGUCUACACGACACGUUCCGCAUGUUCCGCUCAUCAUCUCCAUUCUCGUAAGCGUCAUAACCUUCCAUGUCGGGGAAAACGGAUGGUCUCCAGACAUGUCUCAAGACUUGACAGCAGUGUCCAACAAGGUAAAGGCAGGCAUCGACGCUGUCUACGCUCUGGGCUGUCUUCUCGCGGUUGUCAGCUUGAAUCCUCCAAAAAGCCGCUUGCCAUGUGCAAGUGAGAUGCAACGCAAGCAGGGCGAUGCCGCCGCAGAUCAGGAGCCUAGCGUCGCGCUUGUCUGCCGAGGUCAUUGA